UCGUGUUUUAUUUCGUCGGUUUCUUCGGGUAGUGUUUAAAUGCUCAAGUAACUGUUGAAAGGCAGAGUAACGAAAGAAUAUCGCUGUUUCUCGUUUCGUGCGUGCUGGAGGUUCUUGCUGUUGAAGGUUUAUUGGUUUAAGGCAGUGUGUGUGAGUGUGCGUGUGCAUGUAGCGUGUUUGAAUCAUAUGUGACAGUUCGAAGCAUUGCUGUCAGUAAAAAUUAGAAUGAAGCUGCUGUUGAGGAGGCAUAGAAACCAGGCAUUACGUGUAUCACAAACCUUAUACUAAGCGGAUGGUCCUUGAUGGAUGUACACUUAUUAGCACUUUGAUGGAUGAAAGUAACUAAUCUCACAGAGGAAAUGGCGGUAUCAGCGGAAACACGACUGAAAAGGUUCUUACACUAUGGAUCUGAACUUCCAUGUUAUGAAGCUGGUGCAUGGAAAAUAAAUAUUGCCUCCCCAAACUAUGAAGCAGUGGAACUGACAUCAGUUGAUUCUCUAAUUUCUGAAGGGAAAGGAAAUGAUGUAGUAAAACACAUAAUUGAGGCUUACAAUGGUGGUUACUCCGCUGAACCAGAAGCCAUCUUGUUUGCAUUGGUGUUAUGCAUGAAGCAGAGUCAGUCAUUAGAAGUCCGCCGAGCAGCCUAUGCUGCUAUUGAAACAGUGUAUAAGACACCAAAGUCAUUUUUUGCUUUUGUGAAGUACAUAACUGAUUUGUCGAAACCAACAACAGGCUGGGGAAGAGGGCUACGCCGUGCAGUUAAUAACUGGUAUUUACAUCAAGAACCACAGAAAAUGGCUGAAAAUGUUACUCGUUUUGUAGGAAUGCAUAGCUGGACACACAAGGAUAUUCUAAAAUUGGCUCAUACAUGUUCUAAAAAUCCAGCCCAAAAUGCUGUCAUCAGUUAUGUGAUAAAUGGUAUUGAGACAGCUCAGAAAUUAUUUAAUGAUAAGCCAGAGGCACAAGCAAUAAUUGAGUACCUGAAAAAUGUUGAGAAUCUUAAACAUAGCACAAAUUCCACUACAGCGUCAUUACUUAUAUCAGCACAUUCAUUUUCAUUUGAAUGUGUGCCAUCAGGCCUCUAUAGAUCGAAAGAAAUUUGGCAUGUGUUAAUACCAAAGAUGUCUGUGGUGACCAUAUUGAAGGUUCUGCGACGUUUGUCAAGAUAUCGGUUACUUCGACGAAAGUCAGUGAUUGUUCCACUUAUUGUGGAUCGUUUAAAGGAGGAAGAGGCCAUUAUAGAGGAGAAAGUACAGCCUGUGGAAAUCUUGCUCUACUUAAAAAAGUAUGAGUCGUCAUCUAGGUUGAGAUUUAUUGACAGAUCAAGACCAGUUAAGCCCCCACCACCAGUCAACCCUGCUGUUGUAGAUGCGGCUAAUGCACUUUUGAAUACAUCAGUCAGUCUUCUUAAACCAACUGGCUUGAAGUAUAUAAUAGCAGUCAACAAUGGAUUUGAUAUGAUACUGACAAAGUGUUGGCAGUGUCGUGAAUUGACAUGUUGUAUGGCUGCACUCCUGAUAACAUAUUGUAUUUACAAAACGGAGACAGAUGCUACUGUUCUUAUAUAUUCAGCAUCAGAUAUGGAGGAAGUGCCAUUGGAUAAAUCACUGUCUUUCAAUGAAACAAUUUCAACAAUGAGAGCGCGUUGUUCUGCUGCUAAAGUGAAUAUGGCACAACCUGUAAUGUGGGCACAGAAAAACAAAAAGGCGGUUGAUGUGUUUGUUGUUAUAACAAAUAACAACAAUGAAACAAGUUCUGCUUCUUUACCAACAUGCUUAAAUCAGUAUAGAACUGAAAUGAAUCUUCCUCAAACAAAGUAUAUUGCGGUUGGACUAGAUAUGUGUGGAUUGAAUUGUAUUGACCCAGGAGAUCCUGGUAUGUUGGAGAUCAAAGGAUUUGAUGAAAAGGUGCCCACUAUAAUUGAAGCAUUUUCAAGAGGAGCAUUUUAGUUUUGUUUAUUGCGAGUGAAAUCUGACACAAGAUUAGAGUGACAGUUUGUGAUACAAAUAAAGUUUAACUUCUGCUCUCUCUCUCUCUCUCUCUCUCUCUCUCUCUCUUUCUUUCUCAGAAGAAAUGUGUAUUUUGAUUGGAUUCACUUAUGAGCAAUGUUAUUCUUCACUUGAAUUGUUUUCUAUUUUGAUAACAGCUUUUGGCAUGGCUUGUUAUUUUAUUUAUUACAUUAAUUGUUGAUGUUUAAUAUUUUUUCUAAUUGCUGCACGUUAUGUAUUUAGUUUAAUCGUGUAACACAAAUCCAGGUUUAUGAAGUAGUGUUUGAGAGAUUUUAAGCAAACACCAUUAUCAUAAACAUAUUGCUCGCUAAAUUCAUAUGUCUAUACUGCUUUCUAGAUUUAAGAAAGAGACAAGUUAGUGAUCAACAGCAACAGUAAGAAUGAUUUUUGUCAUUCUUAUUCAGCUGAACUUUUUUUACUUUGUUUUCUAUGUGUGGUUAAAUUAACCAAAUGAUUUACACUAGACUGGGAAGUUGAAGAAAUGCUAGAGAAUUAAUUUGAUUUCAGAAAAGUUAGAAUUACUGAAGAAGUAAUAGCAGCUGUGAAAUGUAAUUCUGAAGAAUGAACUGAGAAAAAACUCGUACAUUUAGCAAUUGUAGGUCAGGACGUAGCUACUGACAGUAUAAAAUUGAACAGAAUAUUUUCUGACUUAUAAAGCUAAGACAACUUGUAAAUAAAAGUUGGGAAGCUGCAGAAACCCAACAUUUUUGUUGAGAUGUGAAAAAUUGUCACCUUUGUUUCAACUUCAAAACUGUAAACAAAUUGAAGGAAAAGGCCAAAAUAAAUCUGAAAUUUCAUAAUAUAGAA